AUGUGGAACAUCAACAGUUGGAACCGCAGUACCUGUAGAAAGCCAAGACAACAGUUCGUCUUCAUCAAAACACAUAAAACAGGGAGUAUGACGACCGUGAACAUUUUUCAAAGGUAUGUCAUCUACCACAACCUCACUCCGUUGGUAGCGAAAGCGGCAAAUUACGUCUCUUGGCCCUUCCCUCCAGCCGAAACAGACUAUGUGCACACUCCUGGGGAGAAUUAUGACGCCUUGUUUGGCCACAUGGUGUACAACAAAACAUGGCUGCAGUCCAAGUUCCCUCCCAACACAGUAUACAUCUCUCUCAUUCGUGAACCUGUCAGUCACCUGAAGUCGUGCAUGAGAUUCUACAGUCUUCCAAAGCUGUUAAACAUCACAUCUACAAACCCCAUCAAGACGUUUCUGAAAGAUCCGUGGAAGUACAGACACCUGUCCGAGGCCUACUUCAGCUUCUGUAAUGUGACCUGGGACGGCACCAGAAACCAUCUAGCUUUCGACUUGGGCUACCCUACUGAAGGAGCGGAUAAUAUGGAAGCAGCUGAAGAAUACAUAAGAGAAUUAGAGUACGACUUCACGCUCUUUCUUCUGCUGGAGCACAUGGACGAGUCUUUAGUUCUCCUCAGACGUCUCAUGUGCUGGGAAAUACAAGACGUCCUGUACGACACCACACCGAAGAACGUCCGGAAUUACACCUACAAAUCCUACACCCCAACCGCUGAGGAGCUGGCCAACCUCCGGAAGUGGAAGGCUGUGGAUUACCGUCUGUAUGACACGUUUAACAGGUCAUUGUGGCGGAAGAUUGCAGGCCAGGGUCCAGAUUUCUAUCAGGAGCUCCACUACUACAGGGAACUGAACAAGAACGUCAGCUGGUUCUGCCGUGGAGAGCAACGAAGGAAACCCAGGCUCAAACUUACUGUGAAAACUUCACAGUGGAGUCCACAGUUUGUCAUUGAUGCCAAAUAUUGCAAGGAAAUAUCGGCAAGAUCCGUGGACCUGAUGAGGGAAAUUCGCCGAAAGGCAUCAUUCAAAGUGGACACACGGUGGCAAAUUGUCAUGCCGGUGAAUAAUGUGCGUGCGAUCAUCAACGGACGGCCAACCUUCAAAUACAAUAUUGAACAGAAGAGAUAUGAGGCAGCAUCAAAGAAGACAAAGCCAGAACAAAAGGAAUAG